AUGGCAAAGACAAGAGGAGGACUAGUUGGUUCUCGUCGGAGUAGACGUAAUCUAGGCUUGGAGGUAGUAGAUCAAGAGGACAAGGCACCGCAACUAAAAGUGAAGAAAAGAACAGCAAAGAAAAUGGCUUCCCCUAAAAAGAAUUUAGUUUUAACGCCAACGAGAAGAAGUAGUAGAAUCAAGAAAGUGGCUGCUGAAGAUGAUUACAUAGAAGAUGUAACACCACCUGACGAUGAUGAGGAUGAUGAAGUAGAAGAUGUAACACCCGAAGAUAAGGAUGAUCAGGCUGAGAAGUCAAUGUCUGAAGAAGAUAAAGACGACGAAGAGGAUGUCAAUGGGAAAGAGGAUGAAGAAGAUGGCGAUAAUGAAGAAGAACCGGCCAAUAUGGAAGAUGAUGGAGUUCUUAAUGAGAAAGGGAACGAAGAGGAAGCUUGCGAAGAAGAAGCUCGCGAUAUGGAAGAAGAUGGCACUGCGCAAGAUGAUGAGAUUCCUAGUACUGAAGGAGUUGAGCUAGCAGGGGAGGAAAUUAUGGUCACAUUCAAUGACAUUGGUGAGCAUGUUGGACCUGGUUCAGUAACACUAUCGUCGUUUCUUGGUCCUCUUGUGAGGGAACAUGUUCCGGUUACACUUGCCGAUUGGAGAAAACUUGAUGCAGCGACUAAAGCAACAAUGUGGGAAGAAAUUCAGGGGAGGUUUAACUUGCAAGAAGAGUGGCAGAAAGCUGUUAUUUUCAAGCAGCUGGGAAAUGUGUGGAGGGCUGGGAAGUCGAGGCUGGUGUCACAAGUACGUGUGGCGAAGACUGCAGCUGAGAGAAUAGCUUUAAAACCGAGCAACAUCCCAUCCCUUCAACUGUGGAACACUUGGGUUAAGAGUAAGACUACCAAAUCUUUCACAGAAACGAGUAACAAGUACAGAGCGAUGAGAAGAAAUCAGAUUCCUCACACCACCAGCCGCAAAGGAAUGCUUCGUUUAGCUGAUGAUAUGGUAAAAGAGUAG